GAUUUCACCACUAGAGGGCAAUGAGGCAUUUGCUCCUUGUGAGAUGGGUAGGCAUGCUGGCCAGCUCUCGCCUUUUCAGGCCAGUAGAAGCGAGAGAGAAAAAUGGCCUAGCUAGCAUUUGUCCAUCUCUUUCAUUCCCUGCUCAUUCCAGUUAGGGGACACUACUGGCUGCACCUUGUAAAUACCUCCAGAGCAGUCAGCUCAAGCACAUUAUCAUCUCUGUAUUUGGACUCUGAGGACAAGAAGACUGAAGACAACAAGUCUGAUCAGCCAGAUUGUUCCAGUUUUGAACGACAUGGGGUGUGUUCUGUCCAAAGUUCAGCGAAAGUGAAAAUAUCAGACUGACAGACGGAGUCUGUAAAAUGGAGGCUAAAGCUUUGGUUCCUGAGGACGAGCUCUGUUGCUCUGUAUGUUGUGAUAUUUUUAAAGAGCCUGUUGUCCUGAAAUGCAGCCACAGCUUCUGUGGAGUGUGUGUGAAGCAGUACUGGGAAGAGAAGGGCUCUCGAGAGUGUCCCAUCUGCAGAAGAAAGGCCUUUAUGGAUAAUCCUCUGCCAAACCUGGUCUUAAGAAGCAUUGUGGAGUCUUACUUAAAGCAGAAGACUGAGAGAGAAACUACAGACAAGAGUGACGCUCGCUGCAGUCUUCAUGGGGAGAAACUUCUAUUCUUCUGUGAACAUGACAAAGAGCCUCUCUGUGUCGUCUGUCAGACUUCAAAAAAACACAGAAACCACCCGGUCUGUCCAGUGGAAGAGGCCGUACUGGAGCUGAAGGAGGAACUCAAGCCUGCACUUAAUAUUAUUAAAGAAAAACUGAAGAGGUUUACUGAUGUUGAACAAGAAUGUAAGGAAACAGCAGAACAUAUCAGGAGUCAGGCCCAGCACACAGAGAGGCAGAUAAAGGCAGAGUUUGAGAAGCUUCACCAGUUCCUGCGAGAGGAAGAGGAGGCCAGACUAGCUGCUCUGAGGGAGGAAGAGGAACAGAAGAGUCAGAUAAUGAAGGAGAAGAUAGAAAACAUCACAGGACACAUCUCCACUCUUACAGACAACAUCACAGCUAUAGAGAAAGCCAUGGACACUGAAGACACCUCCUUUUUACAGAGCUACAAGAACACCAAGGAAAGAGUCCAGUGCACACUGCAGGAUCCAGAGCUGCUCUCAGGGGCACUGAUAGAUGUGGCCAAACACCUGGGCAACCUGAAGUUCAGAGUCUGGGAGAAGAUGCUGGAGAUGGUGCAGUACACUCCUGUGGUGCUGGACCCCAAUACUGUACAUGCCUCUCUCUCUCUCUCUGAUGAUCUGACCACUGUGAGAUACACAGGUACAGACCAGAAAUGUCCUGACAACCCAGAGAGGUUUAAACCCUGUGGGUGUGUGCUGGGAUCUGCGGGGUUUACCUCAGGGAAACACAGCUGGGAAGUGAAGGUGGGGAAUAAAUCUGCCUGGGAUAUAGGAGUGGUGAAAGAGUCCAUCAGUAGGAAGGGAGAUAUAACAUGCAGCCCAGAGAGAGGAUUCUGGGUCUUAUUUCUGAGGGAUGGUGAUAAGUACAUUGCAGCUGACGGUACUAGGCUCACACUGAAGAGGAAGCCCCAGAGCAUCAGAGUGCAGCUGGACUAUGACAGGGGGGAGGUGUCCUUCUUCAACUCCAGUGACAUGUCACUCAUUUACACUUUUACAGACACAUUUACUGAGAGAGUGUUCCCAUACUUCUCUCCCUGUUUGAAAAAAGAUGGUAGGAACGAAGGACCUCUGCAAAUAUGCCCAGCUAAAGUUUCCGUAACAGUGAUGUCAUCCCAGUGAGCAUUUUCUUUUCUUUCUUUUUUUUUUUUUGAACUAAGAAGAGGUGUAUGAAUUUUGGUUGUUUCUAAUCUGCCUCAGCAUGCCUGGUUAUUGACUUGAUCUGAGGCAGACUAGACGUGUGAACUGGGAGGCACACGCACAGAGGCCUAUCACAUUUGGUCAAUGUGAUAGGCCUCAGUAUGCAUGAAUGUUGAUUUAGGAUGGAGCUACCGGAGACAUGGAAGUAUAAAGGGGGGUGUUUUAAUAGCCUAUCAGAAGAGAGCAAACAUGCAUACAGAUGUAACAAUCACCGUUUGGUUACCUUGUCGGUACAUUUUGCUCUGGUAGAGGGGUAUAAAGCUGGUGCUUGAACAGCACUCUGUUGUAAUUGACCAGCCUUGCUUUGACCAGUAUGUUUCCUGCAGUAACAGAGACUAUUUUUGUUCUUAAUAUAAAAUGUUAUUGAUCUAAACUUUGGAACUAUACAUUUUACUUUACAAAGGAGCAAAUUUCUUCACACAAAUAGGGUACUAUAGGGGAAAUUCACUUAAUAAUUGUAAUACUUUUUUCUUCAUUAUUAUUUUAUGAAUUGAACAUGCAUUUGUUUUAAGUACAGGCAAGCAAUAUCUUUUUGGUUUUCCUUGGAUCUGAAUCAUUAGACAAAACUUUAUUUCAUAUGUUUAUGCAUAAAACAGAUGCACUCUUGUGGUUAAAUCAAAGGCAUGAUUGAUGUCAAUCAAAUACUGGAUUGAUGUCAUUCCUGUCUAGUUUGGUUUUUAAGGUUAUGUACAAACUUGAAAUGUGAGUAUAAUGAGCUCUUGUUAGUUUGAAUCCAUCAGUCUCCUGUGCUCUUUUCAUAUUUUACUUUGCAAUUCACCCUGUCAGCUCCGUGCUGUAGGAUUUACAUCUGAGCCUUCAGUAGCCUCACCUGCAAACCUGCUGUUGUUCUAAAACUCUGUUCAUCCUUUUUCCUUGAUUGAUAAUUAUCACAUGCGAAUUAUUACAAUAAUAAAGCAUAAUUAAAUUAUUGGCAUUAGCAAGUAAUCACAAAGCUUUCUCUGAUUGUAUCUCUCAUAGCAUCACUAUGUGUCCCACUCAGGGAGUUGUUCUUUGCCACCUUCUCUCUAGGUUUGCUCUUGUGGGGGUUUAGGCCAGGGUUUACUGUGGAGUUCAUUGUGACAGAUGUGGAUUUGAUAGCAUUCUCUUUCAUCAUAUCAUGUUAAAUGACAAAAAAGGAUUCCAAUGUGUAAAAACAACAUAAUUAUUUUAAAGAAUAAAGUAUUUUCAAAUGAAA